UGGCUUUCAGAGCUUUUGCUGUUUCAGUCAGAGAAAGUACGGCCAACGCAACGGUUGCGAAUAUAUUCCAACCUGCCGCGAUUCUAGCAAAUAAACAAAGCCCCACUGGCCGAGCAGAGAGUGAAUAAGUUCUCAACAAAUUUCCAAAGGAAUAUAUUGAAAAAUAUUAUAAUAAAUACACAUAUAGUGUCAAUAAAUCGGGGAAAUGUGCAAUAAUUAUGGGAGCUCGCCAAGGUCCCUUAUAUAAGCGAGAGCCCAUUGUCAAGGGCGCCAAGUGUUUGCCACAUUGAGCCGUGGCCGUGGCCGUAACCGUGUCCGUGUAUCGUGCUCGUAUCGUAUCCGUAGCGCCUCGUGAGCGUCCUUGUCCUUGUGCAGGCCGAACAGCUGCUUGGGUCCUGUCCUGUCCUGUUCCGCCCCCUUCGGCCGCGACCUCGUCUUCGUCCUUGUUCUUGAACCGUAGUCCUCCAAAAAUAUCCGCUGCUACAGCUACUCCGCCCUGAAAACGACCUUCCCGUGCGCCCAGCUGUUGCUACCGACCACCCACUCGAAUUCGACCCUCAGCUGUUGGCCAUACGAUAUACGAAAAAGAGGAGAGAGAAGCUUGCUAGCAUUAAUGUCAGAAAAUCGGAGAUAUAGCUAAAACAGCUGUGCGAUUCCUACGAAAUCAUUAUAUUCGUCACCCUUUCGCAAUGUGCUUCAAUAAGUUGUUCCUAAUAAACAAAUUCACCCUGCGAUUGCCUAACACAAAGGUCAAAAGCCAAAAGACACAGGUGUAAGAGCCCAAAACCACAAAAAAAAAAAAACAAACGAAGUAAAUCAAAUUGAAAUCAAAGUGAAAAUUCCCAAUGAAUGAGCUUAAAGCAGUUAAACAUACAAAAUUUAAUAAAAAGUGGCCCUUAAGCAUCCUUCAAAGCUCACACAACACCACUAAACAAACACAAACCAAUAUACAAAAAAUCAACUAAUUAUAUUUUUCUAGAGGUGUUUAAAAAAAACAACUACUACAUGGAAGUAUAAACACGGAAAUCUAAUUAAAAACAAAGUGAAAGAAGUUAAUGCUCAGGUUUAAAAGUUUAUAACAAAAAAGGCAACAAAAGCGUUGUGUUUCAUGUGCAAAAUCUUAAGAAAUAUCUAUACAAAUAAACAUAUAUAUUUUUGGAAUAAAAUUACUAAUACUAAUCAUAAUAAUAAAUCUUGUGAAUCGUGUAACUUGUUUAAAAUAUAAAGUAGUGUAAGCAGUGAAUAUAUUACAAUUCAAUUCAUUUAUAAACAAACAAAGAUUAAACCUUAUACACACCUAAAUACGAUCAUUAAAUAUAUAUAUUCUUAUACACGAUACGAUUUUAAUCAAUCAAUACAUCAAUCAAUUCAGCAAACAAUCGAGCGAUAUACUUCAAUUUGCAAAAAAACUACUUCAAAGAAAUACCUACAAACAUACUCAGACGCUGCUGUGGAUCAGGCGAAGCAUAAAUCAGCAAACAAUAAGCCAUCAAGUAUUAUUAGCAACUAAAACGAACUCAGACUCGGAAUCAGCCUCAGAAAUCUCAGCUCGAGAUCAUCCAACUUAACUCAACUUAACGCAACUCAGUCGAACUCAUCUCAUCGUCAACAGAAGUAGCCUCAACCAGAAUACAACAGAUACAAGUAUAUAUUUAGACAUAUGGUAAUGAUCAAGCAACUGUGGGCAGGUAUAGGAACAACGCUAAGCUAAACGUAAGGACUAAGGACAACAACAAAUUCUCUAGAUUACAAUAGAAUACAGAAGAAGAGGACAACUUUUUCAUGCAACUUUGAAGGCUGACAAAACAAAUUUUUGAUAAUCCAAAAGCAGAAGCGAACAAAUUACUAAAAACCACAAACAGCAACAAAACACGCGUUAAGAAGAAGAGACUGAUUUUAAAAUAAAAGAGCUAGGCAGCGGAAAGGAUAAAAGGCAGCAGAAGUGAGGCAAAAGUGAUUAAGGAUCAAAUCCAAUUAAAAAGAAAACAAAACGCAACUUUCCAUACAACAUAUUUAGAAUAUAUAUCUAAGACAGAUUGAUAUUUUUGAGCGAUUAUCCCUACUUUGAUAUAUCAUGUUGAAGAAACUCAAGUGCAUGGAGGCGGUCCAGGCAGCAGCGGCUGCAACAUCAUCCGGAGGAUCCUCCGGCAGUGGUCCUGGUUCCGGUUCCGGAUCUGCCUCGAAGCUGAUCAAGACCGAGCCGAUUGACUUUGAGAUGCUGCAUCUGGAGGAGAACGAACGGCAGCAGGAUAUAGAGCGGGAGCCGAGCAGCAGUAAUAGCAACAGCAACAGCAACAGCUUGACCCCCCAGCGAUACACCCACGUGCAGGUGCAGACCGUGCCACCACGCCAACCCACAGGUCUGACCACGCCCGGUGGCACCCAGAAGGUCAUACUGACCCCUCGCGUAGAGUACGUGCAACAGCGAGCCACCAGUUCCACAGGUGGUGGUGGGAUGAAGCACGUAUACAGCCAACAGCAGGGCGCUGCUGCAUCGCGAUCCGCUCCACCCGAGACCACGGCCCUACUGACCACCACUUCGGGCACUCCACAGAUCAUCAUCACCCGAACCCUACCCUCCAAUCAACACCUGUCGCGCCGUCAUUCGGCCAGUCCCUCCGCCCUGCACCACUACCAGCAGCAGCAGCAACAGCCGCAGCGUCAGCAAUCGCCGCCACCGCUGCACCACCAACAGCAGCAGCAGCAGCAUGUCCGCGUGAUCCGCGAUGGCCGGCUGUACGAUGAAGCCACGGUGGUGGUGGCUGCCCGUCGGCAUUCGGUGUCGCCACCGCCACUGCACCACCACUCCAGAUCGGCGCCCGUGUCUCCGGUGAUCGCCAGGCGCGGUGGUGCUGCCGCCUAUAUGGAUCAACAAUAUCAGCAACGGCAGACGCCACCGCUGGCACCACCGCCGCCGUCUCCACCGCCGCCACCACCACCACCGCCACCCCAACAGCAGCAGCAGUACAUCUCCACUGGUGUUGCACCACCCACGGCAGCGGCUCGCAAGUUUGUGGUCAGCACCAGCACGCGACACGUUAAUGUGAUCGCCUCCAAUCACUUUCAACAACAGCAGCAGCAGCAUCAAGCGCAGCAGCAGCAUCAAUCGCAUCAGCAGCAUGUGAUCGCCAGCGUUAGUUCUAGCAGCAGCUCAUCGGCCAUUGGAUCGGGCGGCUCUUCUUCAUCGCACAUCUUUCGCACGCCCGUGGUUUCCAGCAGCAGCAGCAGCAAUAUUCACCACCAGCAGCAACAGCAACAGCAGCAAUCGGUGAUGCGGCCACCUCCGCCGCCGCCGCCGCCCAAGGUCAAGCACGCCUCCAGCUCCAGCAGCGGCGGCUCGAGCAGCAGCAACACCAACAGCAGCAGCAGCAGCAACGGCGAGGAGCCGUCUAGCUCGAUUCCUGAUCUAGAAUUCGAUGGCACCACAGUGCUGUGCCGCGUUUGCGGGGAUAAGGCCUCCGGUUUCCAUUACGGCGUGCAUUCCUGCGAGGGUUGCAAGGGAUUCUUCCGCCGCUCCAUCCAGCAAAAGAUCCAGUAUCGCCCGUGCACCAAGAAUCAGCAGUGCAGCAUUCUGCGCAUCAAUCGCAAUCGUUGUCAAUACUGCCGCCUGAAAAAGUGCAUUGCCGUGGGCAUGAGUCGCGAUGCUGUGCGUUUUGGACGCGUGCCGAAGCGCGAAAAGGCGCGUAUCCUGGCGGCCAUGCAACAGAGCACCCAGAAUCGCGGCCAGCAGCGAGCCCUCGCCACCGAGCUGGAUGACCAGCCACGCCUCCUCGCCGCCGUGCUGCGCGCCCACCUCGAGACCUGCGAGUUCACCAAGGAGAAGGUCUCGGCGAUGCGGCAGCGGGCGCGGGAUUGCCCCUCCUACUCCAUGCCCACACUUCUGGCCUGUCCGCUGAACCCCGCCCCUGAACUGCAAUCGGAGCAGGAGUUCUCGCAGCGUUUCGCCCACGUAAUUCGCGGCGUAAUCGACUUUGCCGGCAUGAUUCCCGGCUUCCAGCUGCUCACCCAGGACGACAAGUUCACGCUCCUGAAGGCGGGACUCUUCGACGCCCUGUUUGUGCGCCUGAUCUGCAUGUUUGACUCGUCGAUAAACUCAAUUAUCUGUCUGAAUGGCCAGGUGAUGCGACGGGAUGCGAUCCAGAACGGAGCCAAUGCCCGCUUCCUGGUGGACUCCACCUUCAAUUUUGCGGAGCGCAUGAACUCGAUGAACCUGACAGAUGCCGAGAUUGGCCUGUUCUGCGCCAUCGUUCUGAUCACGCCGGAUCGCCCCGGUCUGCGCAACCUGGAGCUGAUCGAGAAGAUGUACUCGCGGCUCAAGGGCUGCCUGCAGUACAUUGUGGCCCAGAAUAGGCCCGAUCAGCCCGAGUUCCUGGCCAAGUUGCUGGAGACGAUGCCCGAUCUGCGCACCCUGAGCACCCUGCACACCGAGAAACUGGUCGUUUUCCGCACCGAGCACAAGGAGCUGCUGCGUCAGCAGAUGUGGUCCAUGGAGGACGGCAACAACAGCGAUGGCCAGCAGAACAAGUCGCCCUCGGGCAGCUGGGCGGAUGCCAUGGACGUGGAGGCGGCCAAGAGUCCGCUGGGCUCGGUAUCGAGCAGUGAGUCCGCCGACCUGGACUACGGCAGUCCGAGCAGUUCGCAGCCACAGGGCGUGUCCCUGCCCUCGCCGCCGCAGCAACAGCCCUCGGCUCUGGCCAGCUCGGCUCCUCUGCUGGCGGCCACCCUCUCCGGAGGAUGUCCCCUGCGCAACCGGGCCAAUUCCGGCUCCAGCGGCGAUUCCGGAGCAGCUGAGAUGGACAUCGUUGGCUCGCAUGCGCAUCUCACCCAGAACGGGCUGACAAUCACGCCGAUUGUGCGACACCAGCAGCAGCAACAACAGCAGCAGCAGAUCGGAAUACUCAAUAAUGCGCAUUCCCGCAACUUGAAUGGGGGACACGCGAUGUGCCAGCAACAGCAGCAGCACCCACAACUGCACCACCACUUGACAGCCGGAGCUGCCCGCUACAGGAAGCUAGACUCGCCCACGGAUUCGGGCAUCGAGUCGGGCAACGAGAAGAACGAGUGCAAGGCGGUGAGUUCGGGGGGCAGUUCCUCGUGCUCCAGUCCGCGUUCCAGUGUGGACGAUGCGCUGGACUGCAGCGAUGCCGCCGCCAAUCACAACCAGGUGGUGCAGCAUCCGCAGCUGAGUGUGGUGGCCGUGUCGCCAGUUCGCUCGCCCCAGCCCUCCACCAGCAGCCAUCUGAAGCGACAGAUUGUGGAGGACAUGCCCGUGCUGAAGCGCGUCCUGCAGGCUCCCCCUCUGUACGAUACCAACUCGCUGAUGGACGAGGCCUACAAGCCGCACAAGAAAUUCCGGGCCCUGCGGCAUCGCGAGUUCGAGACCGCCGAGGCGGAUGCCAGCAGUUCCACUUCCGGCUCGAACAGCCUGAGUGCCGGCAGUCCGCGGCAGAGCCCAGUCCCGAACAGUGUGGCCACGCCCCCGCCAUCGGCGGCCAGCGCCGCCGCAGGUAAUCCCGCCCAGAGCCAGCUGCACAUGCACCUGACCCGCAGCAGCCCCAAGGCCUCGAUGGCCAGCUCGCACUCGGUGCUGGCCAAGUCUCUCAUGGCCGAGCCGCGCAUGACGCCCGAGCAGAUGAAGCGCAGCGACAUUAUCCAAAACUACUUGAAGCGCGAGAACAGCACAGCAGCCAGCAGCACCACCAACGGCGUGGGCAACCGCAGUCCCAGCAGCAGCUCCACACCGCCGCCGUCGGCGUCCCAGAAUCAGCAGCGUUGGGGCAGCAGCUCGGUGAUCACCACCACCUGCCAGCAGCGCCAGCAGUCCGUGUCGCCGCACAGCAACGGUUCCAGCUCCAGUUCGAGCUCUAGCUCCAGCUCCAGUUCGUCCUCCUCCUCCACAUCCUCCAACUGCAGCUCCAGCUCGGCCAGCAGCUGCCAGUAUUUCCAGUCGCCGCACUCCACCAGCAACGGCACCAGUGCACCGGCGAGCUCCAGUUCGGGAUCGAACAGCGCCACGCCCCUGCUGGAACUGCAGGUGGACAUUGCUGACUCGGCGCAGCCGCUCAAUUUGUCCAAGAAAUCGCCCACGCCGCCGCCCAGCAAGCUGCACGCUCUGGUGGCCGCCGCCAAUGCCGUUCAAAGGUAUCCCACGUUGUCCGCCGACGUCACAGUGACAGCCUCCAAUGGCGGUCCUCCGUCGGCGGCGGCGAGUCCGGCGCCCAGCAGCAGUCCGCCGGCGAGUGUGGGCUCCCCCAAUCCGGGCCUGAGCGCCGCCGUGCACAAGGUAAUGCUGGAGGCGUAAGAGCGGGAGGAGGUAGGUGGUUUUACGCGGAGAAGUUGGAGAGACAGAGACUGGGAGUGGCAGUUCAGCGAAGCAGGAAGCAGGAUCACUUGGAUCGGCAGGAGUUGAAUUAAAUUAUUUUACCUUUUAAUUGAGCCGUGUACAAAGUUUGAAAGCAAAACCAACAUGCAUGCAAUUUAAAACUAAUAUUUAAAGCAACAACAAACAAAACAACUACAAGUUAUUAAUUUAAAAACAAACAAACAAACAACAAAAAACCCAAGCUUGAAUGGUAUUACAAAAGAAAAAGAAAAACAGAAAAAAUAUAAAUAUAUUUUAGCAGUUAAACUUUAACGUAGCAAGAAACCAACAAACCCAAGGCAGCGCUUUGAUUUCGCAUUAACUUUUCUUCAGCUGCUACCGAAAAGCCCCCCCUCUCACACCUACCCGUCUUUCGACCCCUGAUUGUUUUAUAAGUUUUAAGCUCUUGUUGUACAUAUUAAUUACGUUUAUUGGUAACUAUGUUUAGCGCUUUAGUUGUAGUUGGAGCAAAACUACUUUGCUUUUUUGGAUGUUUUUUGAAAAAACUGCAAAUUAUUAUUAUUAAAUUUUUAAAUACCUAAAAACAAAACAAUGUGUGUGAAAUUUUUUAUUGUGCGAUCUCCAAGCAGAAUUGAAGUGCAGUUUGCAACAAAUUUUAACUACGAUUAAGUUGAUAACGAUUCAUUUUUUAUGAAUUUAACUAAUUUUAUGAAUUUGUUAUAGUUUUCCACCCUUCUAUCGAUCUUUCUAUCUGACCAUCUAGCUACCCGUAUUCCUGAUUUCUCCUUUGGCACAAAGCUCUUCUCUAUGCUAAAGAAUCAAGUGGAAUAAAUAUUGUUUUCUAAUUUUAAAACUACCACAAAAAUACGAUUAAAAUAUACACGAAGUAAUUGAAAAUCAAACAAAAUGCUUAAAGUUUCAGCAGCAAGCAGUAAAACGACGAUGAAGAAGAGAAACCCAACGUUAAAUAUAUCUGUUGUGUACAUAGUUAAAUGUUAAAUUAAACACAAAAACAUAUUUAAAGUACAUAUAAAUACACAUAAUUAUUAAUGAAGAAACCUAUGCUUAAAAGAUUCAAUGUUUGAUUGGCAUCAUAGAAAACCAAGCGAAAAAUACAAAAAAAAAAAACAACAAACAAAAAUUAUGAUAUAUUAUUUAAAAGUAAAGUAUACAUUUAUAUUACAGAAAAACAAAAGAGAAAACUUGCGGUAGCAACAAAACUAUUAUAUUAAUUACAUUUUAAUUAUGCUGUACUAUUAUGAUUAUUAAUUAUUAUGAUUAAUUAAUUACGAUUUUUAUGCUUAGACAAACCAACAAAAAACAAAGAUGCAAAAACAAUUAAAAAAAAACAAAAAACAAGCAAAAAAUUACACUGGCGCAGAAAUUUGUAUUGUCAAAUCAAUAAAAAAUUUGUUUAAAAAUUUCAAAAGAAAGCCUCUUAAGUUUUUUCAUUUCUAUUUCCUUUUCAGUUGAACACUUUUUCUUAAACUGUUCAGUUUUACGUUACUUUGCUUUGGAAUGGUAAGAUUUUGGGUUUCACUUGAUUUCAUUUUCGUUUUGACUAUCGUGCUGUAAAAAUAUUUACUAAAUUAUAUCGAAAGUAUUUAUAUCAUAAUUAAAUAAACAACAAUUUUAUGUGUAUAAAUGAGCCACAAGGAAAAUGUGUAAAAACAAAAACCGUCAGCGGUGGCAAAAAAAUGCAAAGAGAAGGGGAAAUCUACAAGAAAUAUUAUAUUCUUUUAAAAUUUAUGCAGCGUAAGGAAGCGAUGGUUCCACCAAAACCACGAAAUUAACAAAGAUAUCACACUUCAAUAAUUGACUCUAUAUAUACACGCCAGCAUAUGUACGUAGAUGAAACGAUUUUGGUGUCUGAGUGUAUGUAUGUAGGUGUAUGUAACAUUGUCCGUAACUUUUAGCCAGAAAAACGACAGCAGAAAAUUGUAAUUGUGUAACUAAAAGUGAAUAUUUUAUGUAAAAACUAUCUCAGCAUUGGGCGAUGAUGCAGAUGGGUGUUUAUGGUGGUCAAGAUGAUGAUAAUGGUGAUGGAUUCUGAUAGGGAAAUCCAACCGAACGACGGCAGCGACAACUGAAACAAUGAAAUUGCGACAAUUAAGCGUAACGUAACGUAAAGUAUAUGUAAAACGUAUCCGUAAACAGCCGUAAGAGUUUAAAGUAAAGUAAUAGAAACUAAAACAUUGAAAGGAAUAAUGCAACUUUGAGGCAACUCCAGCUGAGGCAUAUGAAAUACCGUAUGAAUAAUAUCUAUUAAUAUAUAUAUACACAUGAAUAUAUUUUCAAGGACAGUCACAAAUCAAAUUGCGGCAAAAAAGAGUUUUUAAACAUGAGAAUUUGGCAAAAAUCGAAAAAAAAAUAUGUGAAGAAUGAGACGGGAGGAAAAGCAAAUGUUCCGAAAAUUGAUUGAAUCUCCAUAAAAAUAAAAAUUAACAGAAAAUUUGUAUUUGUGAAAUAACAUAAUAUUACAGUUUGUUUUAAAUGGAAACACAAUGAAAACCCCCCAGAAUGGAAUAUGUGAAUAAAAUAUUGAAAAUAAGUAUUUAAAAUAUAUCAACAAAAAUUAUGAAAAACAAA